AUGGACGACGAACCUAUGCAGGACUCGAAGCCGCAAGAUGCGGCGGAGGUGCCUGCAGAAGCUCCCGAUGUGGACGUGGAGGAUGUGGAGAGAGACGAAAUCAGACACGUCAAAUUGCCAGUCGGCUGGGAAGGUCUUUCCCUGAAGCUACAUGCUGGUAAGCUACUCGUCUCUGAGGUCCCGAAGGCCUGCUUCUCGUCUAAAUCCUUCCAAAGCGGUGCGAAGCCCCAAGUCGAGGGCGUCUUCGAAGGUGACGAGAUCGUCUCAAUGAAUGGUGAGCCGCCUGCUAGAGUGGAGGAGCGCAUCUUGUCAAAAGGUGACUCAUGGAACGCGUGUUCCGUGGCUACACCUCCUCAUUCAGUCGGGUCAAAGGGUAAGUUCGACUCUCCACCGUGUGUGGCGUGCGACUUCCAACGCAGGCGUUCAGCGUUGGGCCUUGACGUGGCUUUGCAGAUGUGGCUUCGGGCUGUGAAGAGGGACAUCCGCUUCACACUUGCAGUGAAAAGCACUGGAAUGGAGUUGCCUCAAAACGGCUCUGCUUCGCUCGCCACUGCCCUGUCGUCGCCAACACAAGGAAACGGAGACAAAGCUUCUUCCGUUGUGGAACUGAAGGGCAGCUCGACGGGCGGAACCUUGCGGAAAAUGAAAAGCUUGGACGAGUUGACAAAGGAGAGGCAACCCGUUCAAAAGGACUUUCUCAAGAAAGGGAAAGGAAAAGGGAAGAUGAAAGGGAAAGGCAAAGCCAAAGGGAAAACCAAGAAGCCCAGCGGUCCGCACCUUCCACGUACACGUGUGUCAACAGAACCUCUUCGAGGCGAUGUGCUGGAGUGGAAAAACAAAUUUGGAUGGAUCAAGGCAGCAAGCCGCAUUGACCAUCCAAUGGCCGAGAAACGCCAAGGAAAAAUCUACAUCAAUGUGAUAGACCUGAUCAACCGCAACUCUUUGGCGCCAGGGGAUGUGUGCGAGUUCCAUCUUUAUUCAGACGCCAGCGGGCUUGGUGCCGAAGAGUGCUGGGUGGUCGGUGAUGAGGAUUGGAGUGAGUGGACGGCGGAAGCCAUGGAAGGUGGGGACGACUGGGAAUGGACUGACGAGGACUGGAAUGGUGGGGAGGAUGGCAAAGAGCUCAGACACAGACGUUUCUCCACAACUCGAUGGGAAUGCGCAAUGUUGGUUGAGUUGCCUUUCCGGGUGCAAAUGUCAGCGAUUGGAGUUCUGAAGCGCCUGGCUCAGAUGCUGAUCCAGCUCCUCAAGAGCUUCGUGACUGGUGGCGGCGGCAAGGCCGCGUUGAACGAGCACAGAGGUUGCAGCGAGUGCCUUGGUUCAUUUGUUCGGAGCGCCAUAAGAACACUCAAGGAGCGCAAGACGAUGCCUCCCAAGUCUCCCACUUCUAGAUUGGAUUUCUCUCGUCGAGCCGACGGAGAUCCCCAGAAUAUUCCUUACAAGGAAAUCCGUCAAGGCGUCCUGCCCUACGAGGAGGUAGACUUCUCUGGGAACUCCUUGUCGGCCAAUGAGUUGCCCGAAGUGAUCAAGGUAUGCAAGCGGUGCCCGAAGCUGCGUGUUCUCAAGCUCUUCAAGAAUUGCAUCGAUGACUACGGAGCUCAAGACUUGGCCGAGCUUUGCCGUUUCGCUCCAGGGCUCGAAGAGAUUCAUUUGUCCCACAACAUGUUUACAGCCGCAGGCGCCGGCGUUAUCAUCAAAGCAGCGGAAGAAUACCGCCGACCCGAUACCGUGCCUUUGUGGUUGCGAUUGGAGCAUAACUACAUAGAUGACGCUGAGAGGGUUUUCCAAAACCUUUCGAAUCGGUACAGCGUCUGCAGACGGCAAGAUGCCAAAUUGUGCACGGCUCGCACUUGCCACAACAGGUGCAGAGUUCAUCUUCCGCACUUUUGCCUGCAGCGUCUGUCACAGGUGGAGUCCAACCAAGAGGCCAAAAGAUCCCCAACACAUGCCAAUCAUCAUUCGCUGUCUGGGCAAUUUAUGCGCAACUUUCGCGCACACUUGGAGCGUGAGAACAAGGACAAGGUGAAGAUGGAUCCCCACAUGGAGCGGAUGAAUUUGCGAGCACAGCCCAUGGACCCUCGAAUCGAGCCCUUCGACCCGCAGGUAGACGAUAGAAGGCCUUCUUGGACGAGGGAGGUGACAGACCAUGAUCCCGAUGACUUUGCGGGAUGUACCGCAGGGCCGCUUCGUGGCCCGAAGCAAAAGGAAAUUCACCCAGAGCAGCUGAUGGAUCCCGACAGUUGCCAAGAGUUCGUGUGCAUGCUAUGCGAAGGUGUGAUUCAUGAUCCAACUCUCACCAGGUGCUCUCACAGUUUUUGCAGCGAUUGCUUCCAAAAUUGGGUUACCAAUCGGGUACAGGUGCACCAGACUGGCUCCAAGGCUGGCUGCUCAAUGCAGAACAUUCCGUGCCCACAAUGCGGUCAAGGAUUGCGGAAGUGCGACAUCGUUCCAUUGCAUCAUGCCCGGCAUGCUGCUGCUCUUGUGCUCCAACGCUGUUGGAGCAACGUUCGCAUCAGAUGCAUCCACCAUCCUCAGCAUUUUCAGUACUCCUUUGGUUCCUAUGCUCAGCAACUGUCACACCACACUGGUAUUGAGUGUUCCUGGCUUGGGAACUUGUGCGACUAUGUGUCCCACAUCAGCAACUGUCCAGUGCAGAACUAUGAGGCUGGGGCCGACAAGUGGCCCGGCGAACACAGUGGCGACAGUGCUACCCCGCAGGAGUUCGAAGCUGAGUGUGCGCUUGACUUUGCCGAAGACGAGAUCUGCAUUGUGCUGUACGAUUAUGCACCAGACAACAACCCGAACAAGAUCGCUCUUUCGGAGGGUGAUCUUGUCAGGGUUUACAAGACAGCUCCCAAUGGUUGGACGGGUGGUUCUGUCCUCGGCCAUGACAUGCAAGACGUCGGCGAGCCUGGAUGGUUCCCUACAAAUCUCCUGGAUCAUUACGACGAGCGCUACUGGCCCGAGGAUCAUGGCUUUGCCUACGAUCAAUAUGACGAGCAUUCUGGGCAUGGUGACAAGCCAUAUCCGGAGUCUUUUGAAGGGCAUUACAACGAGUUCGACAAGUCCUACCCUCAGCCUGUGGAGAAGUAUGGGGAACCCUUUGAACAGUACGAGGCUUUGGACAGGCACGAUCCUGGUGAGCAGAAGUAUGCUGAUUCCCCAGAGAAUGCCUACAAUCAGCCAUUUGAGAAACAGUACGGCAACUCGUUCGAGCAGUCCUUCGACAAGCCGUUCGAGAAGCAGUAUGGUGAGCCUGAAAAAUCCUACUCUGAGCCCUUUGGUCAGCCAGAGAAGACGUUCCAGCAGCCUUUCGAGAAGCAGUUCUGCGAGCCCUUCAACAAGUCGUACAACCCGAGCUUUGACAAGCACUACGGGGCGUCCUUGGAGAAGUCCUAUGAAGAUUCAUACAUGGAGUGCUAUGACGAGCACUAUGGUCAAUGGUAUGAUGAAAGCUAUGCGCAGUACGGAUACACGAUGUAG